AGAAUUUUGUAAGUUUCUAUAAGAUCCCCUCUCAAUCUCCUAAAUUCUAGAGAGUAUAAACCAACCACAGCUUCUUCAACCUAGCAAUCCUCCUGCUAAAGACGAUGGUUUAGGGGUGUCCCACUAUAAUUCUGGGGACCAGCCCAUGGGGGUUCUGUACAGAGAGGGAGACGGUGAACCAGCCAUUCUCACCUGCGUUGGAAGGGAUGCUGGUUUGCAUGAAAGGCAGACGCAACAUGCUGGAGUAACUCAGCGGGGCAGGCAGCAUCUCUGGAGAGAAGGGUGGCAGGCAGCAGCUAGAUCUCCCAUCUGUGUGUACACACAGCCAGUAUGUAACUCCUCGCCCAGUGAUCAGAAGCCUGGGCGGUCCCAGCGCCUCUUGCACAGGGUAGCUCACCCCCUUGCCCUCCUCUCCGUCUAACGAUGAUGUCUGUCAGUGCAUGUUAGCUGUAGCCGCGGCUCUGGCAGAGACGGGCUGCGCUCCCGGCGAUGAGCGCCCGGGGAAUUCGCCAGGGAUACCUGAAGAAAUACGGGGGCUUUGUCUUCAAGCAAUGGAAGGAGAAGUUCUUCUUCCUGUCGCUGAGAGGCUCCCUGGCCAUCUGCCGUGACCACGACUCGCUCCCCGAGGCGGAGGUGCCGCUGGAUACCAGCUGCCAUGCCAUCCUGAAGGGCAGCCAGAUCAGCGACUUGCCCCGGCUGCCCCUGGGUGCGGAGAGGGACUGCUGCUUGGGCCUGGUCCUCAGCAAGGGCAAGCUGCUUCUCCUGCUGGCCGCGGACAGUGAAGACUCCAGUCAAUGGAUAAAGGUGCUUAAGAAAGUGAAAGAGUCCAUUACGCCCAGCGUGCCCACGUGCAUGAUCCAUGUUGAUAAACAACGCAGAGUGUCCUUCAGAGAGAAGGAGUGUGCGGCAACUGUGAAUCCAUGUCAGCAACAUGAAGCUGCAGCCAGACCGACCAGGAGCAAGGUGCGGUGGUCAGCGGCCUGCCUCCGCCACGGAGCCCCGUCCCGCAAGGUGGUCAGGGCCGCCUGCCUACUGGUGGGGGGAGCGGCCGUCGGCCCAACCCUGGGUUACACCGUGACAUCGCCUGGCGCCCAGCCCAGCGACACCGCCUUGCCGGACUUCAAGGAGCUCGGCAUCCAUUCGGCGGACGGCUGCCAAGAGGCCGAUUGUGGCUACAACCCAUUCGACUGUGAAACCAUGGACCACGACUUUGACACUUUUGACUUUGGGGGGUUUGCAUUUUAGAUCAUAGACAAUAGACUAUAGAUGCAGGAGUGGGCCAUUCGGCCCUUUGAGCCAGCACCGCCAUUCACUGUGAUCAUGGCUGAUCAUCCACAAUCAGUACCCCGUUCCUGCCUUCUCCCCACAUCCCCUGACUCCACCAUCUUUAAGAGCUCUCUCUAACGCUCUGUUGAAAACAUCCAGUGAAUUGGCUUCCACCGCCCUCUGAGGCAGAGAAUUCCACAGAUUCACAACUCUUUGUGUAAAAAAGUGUUUCCUCGUCUCCGUUCUAAAUGGCUUACCCCUUAUUCUUAAACUGUGUGUGGCCCCUGGUUCUGGACUCACCCAACAUUGGCAACAUGUUUCCUGCCUCUAGCGUGUCCAAACCCUUAAUAAUCUAAUAUGUUUCAUCAACCUUACCUGUGUCUUCCCUCUAGAUCCCUACAAGGCCCACACUAGCUUCAACAAAAGCUUCCAAUGAACCUCAAGAAAUUGAGGAGUAAUCUCCUCCACUUUUUUGUUUCAUGCUUAUAAUUGUUCUUAUGACGUAGGAGGCCAUUUGGCCCAUCGAUCUAUGCUAGGUUUUGAAGCAUUCCCAUCAGUCCCCUUCCCAUACACUUGUAAGCAGCCCCUUUGGGGUUGAUAGGCAUAGAUAGAGUGGACAUGGAAAGGAUGUUGCCGGAAUUAGGAGAGUCUAGGAUCAGAGGGCACAGCCUCAGAAUCAAAGAACCUACCUUUAGAAUGGAAAUGAGGAGGAAUUUCUUUAGCCAGAAGCUGGUGAAUCUGUGGAAUUCAUUGCCACAGGCGGCUGUGGGGGCCAAGUCAUUGGGUAUUUUUAAAGUGAAGGUUCCUGAUUAGUACGGGUGUCAAAGGUUAUGGGGAGUAGGCAGGAGAAUGGGGUCGAGAGGGAAAAAGAGAUCCACCAUGAGUGAAUGGUGGAGUAGUUUGAUGGGCCGAAUGGCCGAGUUCUCCUCCUAUCUCUUAUGGUCUUUCUACGAACAUGUUCAAUAAAAGGGUGGUGGAUUGGAUGAGAAUUAAUGUAUGGAGAUAUGUUUAGUUUAGAGAUACAGCAUGGAAACAGGCCCUUCAGCCCUACACUAGUUCUAUGUUAUCCCAGUUUCACACCCUACAGACCAGGAGCAAUUUACAGAAGGCAAUGAACCUAUAACCUGUUUAAGAAGGAACUGCAGAUGCUGGAAAAUCGAAGGUAGACAAAAGUGCUGGAGAAACUCAGCGGGCGAGGCAGCAUCUAUGGAGCGAAGGAAAUAGGCAACGUUUCGGGCCGAAACCCUUCUUCAGAUGCAACCUAUAACAAGUCAAGUCAAGUUUAUUUAUCACAUACACAUACAAGAUGUGCAGUGAAAUGAAAGUGGCAAUGCCUGCGGAUUGUGCAAGAAAAAGAAUAGACCAGGAUCAGUAUUUACAUAAUAGAAAAAAAACAGCAAUUUUAAAAAGACACAUUAACCUGUAUGUCUUUGGAGUGGGAGAGAAAUCCGGUGAGCCCAGAAAAAACCCACGCAGUCACAGGGAGAAGGUACAAUCUCUAUACAAACGGCACUCCGAGUCAGGAUCAAAGCAGGUCUCUGGCGCUUGGAGGUAACAACUCUACCCCUGCACCACUGUGCUGCCCUGUGCCAUGAUGUGCUGAAAUCUCCCAUCAAAGCUGGUGACCACAUAGCGGCCAUUUUGUAUCUCUAUGGGUUGGGCUGUGUUAUAUUUACUAAACAUUAGCGAACGGAACUAAUAGGGGAGUUCCAGUUACUUUCCAGGAAUCUGGAGUCAAUUAUUUGGAAAGGCCGAUAGUGUCUUGUUCACCAGGUUCUGUUUCUCUCAUCAGGUUGGCUGGGGCCUCAUUUUUGCAGGCGAAAAUGCAAUCUUUAAAGGAACAGGAGCGAAGAUUCCCCAUUCACUCCCCUCAAACUCACCCAGACCUUGUUUCCCACACUCGCUUCCAACCCACCAGGGCCACAUUUCCCACACUCUUUAAACAAUUCAAGUUGAAGGUGGACACAGAAUGCUGGAGUAACUGUGCGGGACCGGCAGUGUCUCUGGAGAGAAGGAAUGGGUGAUGUUUCUGGUUGAGACCCUUCUUCAGACCCGAAACGUCUCGACCCAAAACGUCACCCGUUC